AUGAGCUCCGACUGGCAGAAGCUUGCAGACCUCUGGUACCGCAAGCGCGAGGUCUAUCCAGCUCAAUGGGCAGAUGAUCCUGAUCGGCUUCACUUGUGCGUCGUGGCUGGUGCCCCAUAUGGGGGGCCGGUGGCGACGGUGCGGGACGAGCAUGUCUUCCAGCCUGUGAAGGGCAGCCUUCGGACAGAGCUGCAGACCUGGACAUCGGCUGGCAAGCUGAUUCAGUCCGCGCCAUGGACGCACACUGGCUUGCUUGCCAUGGGCUGGAGCGCGCAGGAAACCUUGGUAUGCGUGUUCGAAUCUGGCCUAGUCCGAACGUUUACUGUCAUGUGCGAGCCUUUGCAUGUCUUCACGGUGGACGAGCGCAUCAGCUCAGAGGGUGGGGCUGUUGCGGCUGCUCUGUGGCCAAACGGAAUCGCACUCCUGACGCGCAAGUUCAACAUUUUUGUGAACACUUCCUUGACUCGAUCAGAGGAUGCAUGUCAGCGGUUCGCCGACUUCAAGGUACCCAGCGCACCGCUCAGCUUGUGUGUGCUCCCACCGCCUUCAGAAGAGUCAGCAGACGUGCAGGUUAUCGUCGGCACUUCCGAGGGCCCUGUCCUCAUGGUUGACAGGCUCCUCGGCCAUGAUAUCGGCCUGAGUGAUGGGCCAUUCAUGGCUUUCUCACUCUCAAGUAGCGGCCGGCUCCUGGCCUGCUUGAGCACCAAGGGCGUGUUCAAAGUCCUAUCCGCCGGUGACAACCUCCGGGUCCUGGAUGUUGCCAACAUUGUGGAGACGAUCAAGAAGCCAAAGCAAAUGGUGUGGUGCGGCGACGACUGCAUUGCCUUGUAUCUGAUUGCGCAAACACCUUCAAGCAGUUUGCAGCACAUCCUUUUUGUGGGAGGCCCCCAGAAUGACUGGAUACCGUACCAGUACGACACGCCCCUACAUCUUGUGUCUGAGUGCGACGGCUGCCGGGUACUUGGUACAAACAAGAUCGAGUUUGUGCAGCGCGUUCCUCCAAGCGUGGAGCAGAUCUUCAGCAUUGGCAGCUUUGAUCCGCCAGCAAUGCUUUGCUACGCGCUGGAGCGAUUUGAAAGUGGAGAUGUCUGUGCCCAGGAGUCCCUUAGACCCAUCAAGGCAGAACUACCAGAAGCUGUGGCAACCUGCAUUGACGCUGCCCUCUGCGAGCAGCCCCCACAAGCCUGCGACCUACUCAGGGCCGCCAGUUUCGGCAGGCAUUUCCUAUCAGAGACCUUGGAGCCUGAUCGGCACAGGGAGGCUUGCACAAAUUUGCGGAUCUGCACCGAGCUGCGCAAGUCCCCAGUAGAGAUUCCCAUCACCUCUGCCCAACUUGACAAGCUUGGCAUUGCAGGCAUGAGCCUGAGAUUGGCACAACGUCACUUCCACUUGCUUGCGAUUCGCAUAUGCGAGUGGACUGGGCACUCGCAGGAGAAGGUCCUCUAUCAUUGGGCGUGCGAGAAGAUUCGGCAUUCAACAGCAUACACAGAUGAGCAGCUGUGCCAGAUCAUCCUGAGCAAGUUUCAGCGCUGCCCGGGCAUCGGAUACGCAGAGGUGGCACGCGUCGCAGCCGAAAUGGUUAGAACAGUCUUGGCCACUUCUCUUCUCAAUCACGAGCCACGAAGCCAUGCACAAGUGCAGGUUCUCGUACAACUAAGCCAGGAAGGGGAUGAGAAGAACCGUGAGAUCAUGCUUCGCAUAGCCUUGGACAAAGCGGCGCGCAGCUGGGAUCCUGACCUGAUCCACCUUGCAUUGUCAGCUGCCAGUGGAGGCAGCUUGUGCAAACGCGGCGCCGAUAUCCAAACUGUAGCUCGUCUCGUCAAGGAAAGGCCCUACGAGUUGCAGGUUAUCGGCGAUGUGGUCACGAGCAUACUGUCCAAGGCAGAGCAAUUCGAUCGUGCCCGUAUGCUCUGUGACCAGCUCGACCGCAAGCGUGCUGCUGCAUACUGCGCUUUGCAGCGAAUCUACCGUCAACCCAACUACGAGGAGCGGAUGAAGUUACUUCGCUUCUCCAAGGAUCUCUUUGCCAUCCAUGAUCCAACUGCACCAGAUGCUGAGAAAACCUCAAUGCAGUUUGCUUCUCAAGCAUGUGCCGAGGAGAUUGACUUGCUCCGGGCGCAGGUUUCACUUGAGGACCAGGCUGCGAAUAAGCACUGGAAAGGCAAUACUCGCUUCGCGGGCUUAUCGUUGACGUCAACGCUUGUGCGGCUGAUUGAAAUUGGUGAGGUCUUGGAGGCAGAUAACCUGCGCUCUCAGAUGAAAGUGCCAGAUAAGAGGUACUGGCGGAUCAAAAUCCGCGGCUUGAGCAACGCUGCCAAUUUCGAAGAGCUCAACUUGUUCGCCACACACCGUACGUCACCCAUCGGGUACGAGCUGUUCAUCGAAACUUUCCUGAAGCAUGGGCGAAAUGACUUUGCGCUGGCAUUGGUUCCACAGGUCAAAGGUGGCGAGCAACAGGCACAGUAUUACCUGCGCAUGGGUAUGGCUGAAGAGGCUCAGAGGGCGCGGAGUCAGGGACAGGAACGCUCCGGAGCCGGACGUUUGCUGAACAUUCUGGGAGUGGGGAGAUGA